UUCCAGAGGAGAGUGAAACAUUUGAAGGAAAAACUUGUCCGACCUGCUUUAAAUACAACUACAAUGAGGAAUGUGUUCCAGAAACUGAUAUAGUGUGCAAGGGGAAAGAAGACAUGUGCUACACUUAUGUGGGUACUUGGGGUGAAGAAG